AUGGCAACUUUCCCAGUGAUCAACAUGGAGAAACUCAAUGGAGAAGAAAGGGCAGCAACAAUGGAAAUGAUAAACGAUGCUUGUGAGAAUUGGGGAUUCUUCGAGUUGGUGAAUCAUGGACUAUCUCAUGAGCUCAUGGACACUGUGGAGAGAAUGACAAAAGAACAUUACAAGAAAUGUAUGGAACAAAGAUUUAAGGAAAUGGUUGAUAGCAAAGGACUUGAAGCUGUUCAAAAUGAAGUCAAUGAUUUAGACUGGGAAAGCACUUUCUUCUUGCGCCAUCUUCCCGUUUCAAAUAUCUCGGAAGUCCCUGAUCUCGAAGAGGAAUACAGGAAGGUUAUGAGGGAAUUUGCUGGAAAAUUGGAGAAACUGGCUGAGGAGCUUCUGGAUUUACUAUGUGAAAAUCUUGGACUAGAGAAAGGUUAUCUCAAGAAGGCACUCAGUGGUGCUAAAGGACCUAACUUUGGCACUAAAGUCAGCAACUACCCCCCGUGUCCUCAGCCAGAACUGAUAAAGGGCCUCCGGCCACACACAGAUGCUGGUGGCAUAAUCCUGCUCUUCCAGGAUGACAAGGUCAGUGGCCUUCAGCUCCUCAAAGACGGGGAAUGGGUUGACGUCCCACCUAUGCGUCACUCCAUUGUCAUAAACAUUGGUGACCAACUUGAGGUGAUCACAAAUGGAAAAUACAAGAGUGUGAUGCACCGAGUGAUCGCACAAACUAAUGGGAACAGAAUGUCAAUUGCUUCAUUCUACAAUCCUGGAAGUGACGCUGUAAUCUAUCCAGCACCAACCUUGGUAGAGAAAGAGGAGAAUAAGGAAAUGUACCCGAAAUUUGUGUUUGAAGACUAUAUGAAGCUUUAUGCUGGCCUCAAAUUUCAGGCCAAGGAACCCAGAUUUGAAGCCAUGAAGAAGAUGGAAAGCACAGUUAACUUGGGUCCUAUUGCAACUAUCUGA